AUGUCGACCUUUUCGCGCACUGGCGCUGCGGCGCUCGCGCGCGCUUCCUUCGCGUCGACAUCACGUGCGGCUUCGUCUCGAACGUAUGUGGCGAUCCCCGCGCCCGAACUCGCGAACGCCAAGGGGGAAGUCAACUUGGCCAUCCGCACCUUUGAUCGCAUGCGGAACAUGACCUAUGCGUUUGCGAUCGUGCGCGCCAUCGAGGCAAAGUACGGUGUAGUCCUCAACGUCGAAGUCCUUAAGGACGCGGACACGCUGCGCCCCGCCAACCGUAUGUUCGUGACGCUACUCAAGCCGAUCGAGCUGGAGGGGGAGCAACACUUUGAGAUCCCCGCACCAAAGUACAACCCGGCCGAGUCGACUGGCGGCGUGACGCUUGCCGAGGUCCAGGCGGCCCUCGGUCCUGCCCAAUCGAUGGACGACAUUGAGGCAACCGAAGGCGAGAUGCCCCGCACCAUCAAGUUUACUCUCGAGCCGCGUACUGGCCGAUUCCGGGAAUUCCGCUACAUGCGCUACGGCAACCGUCGGUCGUACGGCGAGAUUCGGGAGGACAACGAAAUCGUUCGUGCGCUCGAAUCCUUCUCUGGCGGUUUCUUCGGUGGUCUCUCGGGCGUCUCGGACAAGUUCAAGGACCUGAUCACUGAGGCAACUGUCGACCCACGGGAGAGGAAGGCGGCCGAGGAGGCUGAGGAGACUCUCCGCGCCGAAGUCGCAGCCGAGGAAGCGCAGAUUGCGCGCGACCUCGCUGCGCAGAAAGCCAAGCGGGCGGCGGCGGCUAACGCCGCUGCUGUGCAGGCUGUCGCCGUUGAGGAGGUCCAUGUCAAGGAGGAGGAGGUCGUCGAGGACAAGAUUAGCCGCCUCGAGAUGCUCAAGAACCGCGCGCUUGAGGCUGCGCGCCGUAAGGCCGCUGCGGACGCUGAGGCUCGCCAGGCGGCCGUCGCGUCCAAGGCGGCUUCGGCUGCGGCUAGGGUCCAGGCUGCGAAGGCUGAGCCGGCGCUCGCGGCAAAGGAGAAGAAGGAGAAGGAGACGAAGGAGGAGCCAACGGCCAAGUCGGCCUGGCGGUGGUUCGAGAAGAAGUAG